AUGGAUAUCCCUGCUCCCGACAGUAUCUACUGUAAGGACCGGAGCUACUUCCUCGACCUUUUACAUGCCCAGAUCAUGCAGCUUCGAUCUAAGCCCGGUCUUCGCUUUCAGGUGGCUGAGAAGCUUAGAGAGCUUUCUCUGAUGACGCCUGGCUGCAUCGAGGCUUCGGAUAUUGUUGGUGACACUCUCUUCCAUCGGACUUGCUGUGCUCUUCAGCCUAUUUUCUACACUGCGAUUGCCACCCUGUUGGGAAAUAUUAGUCCCGUCUGUGUACUCAGAGUCGCCGACGAGCUUGAGGCUGCAGUUCCCUUGGAAAUUCAAAAUCCCUGGAGUCAUCCAGACACAUGGUAG